AUGUUACUCUGCGCUAACCUGUCGGUGUGACGCGGUCUGAUCCAGUAAGACACUGAGGAGUUCACCGGGGGAUCUCCGUUAACCGGAGGAUUUAACGAACACUUUGGGUCUGCUCCGGGUCAAAUCCGUUUUUAGUGUUUUUCUUUCCACAUUGGUUCCAAAAUGGUGACUGUUUCUGUGGAUUCCGGAUUCAGCGGCCUGAAGCCUUAAAACUCUGAGUUCAGUUCGACCAUCAUGUAAACAGACCAACCAGGAGUCAGAGUGCACACAGGACCAGAACCAGGAGGUAACCAGGAGGUAACCAGGUGAUAACCAGGAGGUACCCAGUCACUACCCAGCAGCUGUCAGGGUGGCUGCGCUGUUGUCCUGCUGCAGAAGCAGACUGAUGGAGAGCGACUGUCGGAUCCCCGUCGCCUGCUGCCGGCCGCGAGUCCUCGUCCUUCACGCUCUGUUCUGGGGCCUAGUCUCCCUCAGAGUGUUUGGAGCUGCUCUGCUGAGUGAAGAGAAAACUACAGCAGUGAAGUCUGUCAUCACACCCUGCUGGCUGCUGGAGGAGUUUGUGGUGACGGAGGAGUGUGUUCGCUGCAACGACUUUGACUCUAAGUCGCAGGCGGCCUGCAGACAGACGGGAUACGUGGAGAAGGUGAACUGCACCAAGUCCAGCAGGGAGGAGUACAAGAGCUGUCGAUCUGCUCUCAUGGAGGAACAUCUCUUCUGGAAGUUCGAGGCGGCCAUGUUGGGUCUGACAGUUCUCUUCGCCGUCCUGGUUGUCAUCCGUCAGCGCUGGCUCGACCGCCUCGCCUCCGAAAAGGUCCGGCGCCAGAUUGAGUCCAUCUAGGACUCCAGAACCAGGUUCAGAACCAGGAUCGGGUUCAGGACUGAACGUAGGAAGAACCUCCAGUGACUGUUGAUUAAAGCUGCUGAACAUGACGAGGAGGUUCUGUUCCAGUUCUGCUUCAUCUUCACCAGCGACUUCUCAUUCCCUCUUAGCCCACAACAGACUGAGCAGCAGAUUAUGAGCCAGAACCAGGAUCAGAACCAGGAUAGGAACUAUUAUGAGAACCUGGAUCAGACCUUCAGUUUUCACUCUGGACCGACAGUCUGUCAGGUUAUAAUCCAGCUGUCAGAUCUCAUGAUUUACAAAGAGAACCGGGACAGACGAACACUGAGGCUCCAACUGGACCAGAACCUCAGACUGUCUCCACCUCCUUCACAGGUGAAGCCAGAAUGUGUCAGAACUGGGUGCUGUGGUGUGCAGCAGUGACAUCAUGGUGGUUCUGACCCGGUCUGAGUGAUGUCAUCAGCUGCCACGGCGCCUGUUUCUGCCACAGUCUGACUUCAUGUUUGGUUACACUCACCACCUGAAAACCAGGCGCGUGCACGUCAAAACCAGGUGUGUGCAUGUGAACAGAACCAUCCUGAGGAGGUGGGGCCAAAGGUGAUAACUCCGCCCACCGAUUGGUCACAUUAUGCCCCUGAGCCUCAGACAGCUGGAAGAAGUACUCACCUCUUUACAGUACUAACAUCACAGAGUAGAAAUACUGUAAAGUACAAGUAUUCAUUUCAGAGUGUUCAACAGAAGUUUCACUGUCAUGUCGAGUCAGACUGUUUAUUAGGUCAUUAUACUCUGCAUCAAUAAUGUUAUUGAUCUGAUCAGUUUGAACAGGAAACUGUGGAUUAUUGAACCAGCAGAACCUUUCAUUCUGAAAAUGGAGCUUUAAGUGAAAUCAGUUGGACUCGUCAUGUCUGCUCGCUGGGCUCUGAUUGGUCCCUGCUCAGAGCAAAGGGAGUCUCUGAUUGGUCGGAGCAUUUUGGACUUGUUUUUUCCCCUUUUUGUCAAACGUCUUUAAACGCAGCAGCUGAUUUUACUGUAAAUAUGUUUCUGCUUUUGUUUCUCUGUGAAGUUUCUGGUUGAAUAAAUGGAAGAGAAACAA